AUGAGGUUAGGCACAGUGGAGCUAGUCCUACCCCCAUUAUUUUCAUACAAACUCCACUUCCCAACUCCUAAACUUCAAGAAGCCGCCGGACCAACCCCGCCGCGUCGCCGCCACAAUUGGGUCGUUUAUUCAAGCCGUCAAAAACCGCCGGUUCCAAUAUCUAGCAACAUCAACGAGACGGCCUUAAGGGGAGGAUUGUGGCCACCACGUUUUGACAUCUUGUGGAGUUUGCUUUCUAGACUUGUCUCUUUUUACUUGCUAUCUCUCAAUCUGGCUGCUGCAGCCUCGGAUUAUCCUACUCCCUCUACUUAUCCCUGUGAAGACAUUAGCAAUUACUAUGCUCCCGUGAAGAAUUUGGGAUUAACUGGUGAAGCACUCAAGAGACACUUGAAUAGCAUCAUUUCCCCUCACCAUGCCUUGUCCUACCGAGAGGUGUGGGAUGCCCUUAAGGUUCUUGAUGCUGCUGAUGUUGAUAACCCAGAAGCUUCAUCCGAAAUAGUUGAAAUUUACUCCUUGAGAAUUGUCCCAAAACGAUUAUCUGGAAAACCAGAGGGAUGGAACAGAGAACAUCUAUGGCCUCGUUCUUAUGGGCUGACUAAAGGUCCAUCUUUGACUGAUCUGCAUAACAUUCGCCCUGCUGAUGUAAAUGUCAAUUCAUCAAGGGGAAACAAGUAUUAUGGUGAAUGUAUUAUUACUAGCUCAACCAAAUGUUUGAGGCCAGCUAACAAAGAAGCUGCUUUCGACACUGAAUCAGACAAGCAGAGGUGGGCACCACCUAUGCAGGUGAGAGGGGAUAUAGCAAGGGCGUUAAUGUACAUGGCUGUCUGUUAUGGGUUCCAGCAACCAGGGGAAAGUCCAGGUCUUCGACUCUCGGAUAAUCCUAAUAUUGAAAACAGGGAGAUGGGACUCCUUUCCACUUUAUUAAAAUGGAAUGAGGUUGAUCCACCUUCGAGGGAAGAAAAACUGAGAAAUGAAAGGAUCUGCAAAUUUUAUCAGCAUAAUCGGAAUCCUUUUGUUGAUCAUCCGGAGUAUGCCAAUCUUAUAUGGAAGCAAGCUUAUUCAACACAUGCUCCUCAUAAUAACCCCCAGCAAUAG